GAAAUUAUUAUUAAGACGAGGAAACAAUUGCGAUUCGAACAUGUUGGAAGCAAGGUUCUACUCAAGCAAGCAAUUGCUAACGGCAGCUUUAUUGGUCUUGUGUUCACUCGACGUCAUUGUUUGCAGUGGAUAUGGUGGUAAUUAUGGUGGUAACUAUGGUGGCAACUAUGGUGGUGGAGCGUAUAGCGGUGCAACGGCAAGUGCAAGUGCUUCGGCUGGUGCAGGCGGUUUUUCUUCGGGAGGUGACGAAGGCGGAGUAGGAGAUUUUGGUGGUUUUGGACCAAGCGGUGGCUUUGGUGUUGGAGGUUGGGGACAAAAUAAACCUCAAGCAAGCGCGCCAGGUAUCAAUGCUGGUAAUCCAUUUUUAACACAAGCUGCAGAUGGUGGUGCAGGAGGUAGUGGGCUUAAAGUUUCACUACAAAAACACAUUCAAGUUGGUGAUGGAGUUACGCCUGUAAUUCAUGGAAUUGUUGGUGGAAUACUGGGUGGAGUAGAAAAAGUAAGAGAUGCAUUAGGUAGAACAGCGCUUGGUGGUGCAGGCAGAGGAAGAGGUGAUGCGAGUGGUGUGACUGUAGGCCAUAACGGUGUCAAUCCAAAUGAUCUAAGUAUUACUGUAGGCGGAACUGGAUUACAUUCAUCUAAUGCUGGUAAUGGUGGGGGAAGAGGUCCUGUAACUUUUUCCACACUACUGGGUGGUAAACCAAAUGGAUCACCUACUUCAGCUUUUGCAAAUGCUGCUGCAAGUGCUGGGGCUAAUGCAGGCUCUGGAGGUGGUGGCUUUGGUGGUGCCGAUAGAGAUUGUUGUGGUGGCACUGUAAUUAUUGGAGGAGUUGAAAACAAACAACCUGAAAGAAAACCAAUAUUUCCCAGUGGCAAUGUUUCUCCGCAGUAUGUUCCACCAUUAAAUCUGAACGAACCGGCAACUCAACAAGGUCCUUUGGGUCAUUCUCGUCCAGGCUCAAUUGGCUUUGGAGCAGAAAAUAAUGUAGGUGCAGCAACUCCUAACGUUCAUAAAGGUCCUACCCCUAAUCAGCAAGGCGGUGGAUUAAUAUUGAAUAAUAAUCCAGCUACUCCCAUAGGCACUGGUGGCAGUAGUGGACCUGUUGUUUUCGGUGGCGCGAGUGGGUUUGCAGGUUCCGGCGCUGAUGGAAGUACAGGGUUAGUAGUGGGCCAUAGUCCUGGUUUACCAAGUGGUGCAAUUAAUAUAGGUCAACCAAAUGUUGGAGGCAGCCCAGAUUUUCAUGCCACUUUAAUUCCUGGAAACGUAAUUGGUAGCUAUGAUAUAACCGUUCAGGAAACGUCAGCUGAUGGAAAUGGUUUACCGAAUAAUAAAAUUCCAACCGCUUCUUCUGGAUUUACCGGGCCAGGUUUAACUGGAAAUGUUGAAGGUAUAGGUGGAGUUGGUGGUUUAGGUGGUGGCUUAAGUGGCGGCUUUGAUGGUGGCUUAGGUGGUGGCUUAGGUGGUGGCUUAGGUGGUGGCUUGGGUGGUAGCUUAGGUGGCGGCUUAAGUGGUUCACCUGGAUCAACGUCUAAUACAGGAUCACCAGGAUCAAAUGAUUUCGUAACAUCAGUAGACUGUACAGAUGGAGUUUGUAAAACUCACAGUGGUGUUGGAGGACCUGCAGGCAGUUUUGCAAGUGCUUUUGCAGGAGCUGGGGCAAGUGCUAGUGCCGGUGCCGGUGGAGGCGGUAUUGGUGGUGGUAUCAUUCCUGGUUCAUUUCAAGAAUCCCCUGACCAAUUAGGCACAUCAGCUUGUGGACCAGGAAAGUGUGGCAGUGGAACUCCGUCAUUUGGUCCGGGUUCCUAUGGAGGUCAAGGGGGUUAUGGUGGUCAUGGUGGUUUUAAUGGGCAGGGAGGCCAAAGCAGUUAUAAAACUCAUAAUACACAUUCCAGUUAUAGCAGCGCUUAUGCCAGUUCUUAUGCCACAUCCUCAGUGAACAGAAAGAAUGGAUAUUAAAA